GUUAGCGUAAACGUUUACAAGUAUACACCUUUCUUAGACUAUCAGCUACUCGGCUCGGACCCAGUAGGGCCUACUUAGCCAACUUUCAGCCAUGUAGACUGGUGUGGACAGUCCAUCAACAAUGCCAUCAAUAUCAAUGAUGCAGAUAAGUGCAUCGUCAAUGUGGGAUAGCCUAGGAACACAAAUUGCACUACAAUCUCCGAGGUGUGGCAGGUGCAGAUAAAUAACGACCUACUGGAUUUCAGAUAUGAACUAAAAGACUGCCAGAGGAGGGGUGCUACAACCCAAUUAGGUGGCGCCAGCCGGAGUGCCUUCAACUGUCUAAAUCCUGUGCGCAGGGACGUUGUCUCUAGCAGUGGUCAAGGCAACAAAUGGUCAUACGGUGGGUUACAGAUAAUUGUGGUCCUCGGUUUUUGCACUAUCACAUCUCCAAGUCGAUGCAUGAGUCCUUUGGAGCCAGAUUGUGUAACUAUGAGACUAACCACCUUAGUGGCUUCGCGAUCGUCAUGGCUGAGAGUCCUUCUGAAACUCGGAUGCACUUGAAGGGAUUGUCGACCUCAUGGUUAAACGUUUGACCUUCGCCCUAUAAACAGUUCGUUGACGCCGUACAAUUUUGGACGGUCAACUCGCAUGAACAGGCAGCUAAUAUUGCGUCUGUGGUUAUUCCCAAUCAAAUUAAAAGGUAUUUAGCCCGCAAUGCUAGGGGAAUGGGGAUGGGUGCGUGCAUAUCGUUUAGAACAAUCACUGCAUUUUAUGUGCCGCAAUUUCCAUGAGGCAAUCAUAUGACCU